UCUAAAUGUUAUCUACCGUCAGCUAACAGUAGCUGGCGGUGAAGUUAAUCCUCCCGUUUAUGUCGCUUUCGCUCGGAAAUUACAUGAUUGUGGUGAAAACAGCUAAACAUAGCAAACGGAAAAUCAUAAUAGUUUUAACAGUUCAUGUGAGAAGUUCAAGUAAAACGACGGAAAUACCGAAAAUUACAUUAGCGGGACGUGAACUGCAGCUUGAAGCCACCAAGGAUGGGACAGUCUGGUGGAUGGUGCAUGGGCACUCAAUUAAGUGUCCUCAUACUGUUUUUUUGCAGCAUACUGGUUCCCACACCUGCAAAUGCAUAUAUAUAUGUUUAUUAUAAUAAUUUGACCUCAAUGUUGUUUGAGGACCUGCCUGCUUUGUUUGGACCUGCACUUCCUAGGGAAGGAUUUAUGGGAGUUUUGGUGGUGUCCCGUCCACUUAAUGGCUGUUCAGUAAUGGACCCUCCUCCUUCACUGCCACCAUCUUUUGAUGCCAACACCACCAAAUUCGUCGCUCUCAUCAGACGCUAUGAUUGCAAUUUUGAUAUAAAGGUUUUGCAUGCGCAGCAAGCAGGCUACAGCGCUGCAAUUAUCCACAACAUGUACUCAGACAUUCUGUUCAACAUGAACUCCAGUAACGACACUAUUGCCGAUGAGAUUGACAUCCCUUCUGUAUUCACAAGUUACUAUGCAUCAGAAAGGCUCAAGUCUUACAUAGUUCCAGACCAUGGGGUUUAUGUGAUCCUCAAGCCAGAGUUUUCUUUCCCGCUAUCAUACUACCUGAUUCCCUUCACUGGGGUAGUUGGCAUGAUCAUUCUUGUGAUGUGUGUGAUCUUGGUUGUAAGAUGUGUGCAGUACAGAAAAAGGCUGAGAAAAAAUCGUUUGUCCAAGGAACAACUAAAACGGAUUCCAACGCACAAGUUCACCAAAGGGGAUGACUAUGAUGUAUGUGCCAUCUGUCUGGAUGAAUAUGAAGAAGGAGACAAGCUGAGGGUUUUACCUUGCUCACAUGCCUACCAUUCCAAGUGUGUCGACCCGUGGCUCACACAGACCAAGAAGACAUGUCCUGUGUGCAAACAGCGCGUCACCCGGAACAACACAGAGCACUCCGAGUCGGAUUCUGACGAGGAAACCGGGGGACGUGGAGAGGAAGAAGCCACAGAAGGUGACGGAGACUCGGAGCGCACUCCUUUGCUUCGGCCCUCUAACCCGGGGUCGCUUGCGGGGAGUCCAGGAGCCUACUCAGCCACGACCACCACCACCACGACUGCCCAGUGCCUGGCUUCCCCUGCACACUGCGACUCCCCCAUCCUGGGCUAUGAAGGCUACUACUCCCCACAGGAGGACACGGACUCAGAAAGUGACGACGCAGGAGGGGACCCGCACCACAGUGAUGAUGACACUGCUCAGCUUCUUGGUAGGAAUCAAGUGCAGAUAUAGUGACCUGAACUUAGCUGCAAUAAGAUUACCAAGUUUAAACAAGGGUUUUAUUCUCCAUUACCGGGCCUGCAAUUGUAAGACAUGUUAACCUUGGAAUAGAUUGAAGUCUGGUGAUCAGCUAGAACUCUGAUAACUUCCACAUCUCCUGAUGGAAGAAGGAUUUUUUUAUCCCACAGCCAGAGUUCUACUUUGAAGUGUCAAAGCAGUUCCUGCAUUUAUCACAUUUCACCAAAGUUCAUUGCUGAGCAUUAGUCCACUUCAACACACGCAAUUACUCUAGUAACCCUUGUCUGUAGCCCCUAGCUUUUGUUGCAUGUUGUAUUUGUGACUUUAUAAUGCCACAUGACCUAACCACUAGUGCUGCACAAAAUCAGCAAGCCAUCAAAAUAUCUUUUUAACCAGUGUAACUAAAUGAAGCCUGUGUAGCCAAAGCUGUCGUGCUUAACAGGGUUUUUCAGAGUUUUCUCUGAAAGUUUUAAGUUGGAUUGAAAGAUCUUUGUCUUCUUAAUAAUGAUCAUUUUUACUUCCCAGCCUGUUUCUCUCCAAGUUUUGAAUAUUUUUAACAAUCUUGUAUACAUGGAAGGGCAAUAUUUCUCCUUAUUUUAUUUUUAACUGGCUUAGUUCGGAUUUCACGCAUUUUAAAGUUGUAGCUUAUUUUCUUUUUUUGGUAUCCAAUGGUUCUCAUUUAACAAUAAAUUAUACUGUAAUUGAAUAUUGCAAAGAUUUUACACUUUUCUGCUGCUUUUAAAUUGUUCCUGAUCUUACUGGGACAGUUUCAGAAAAACACUUUUUAGCUUUAUCCAGUUUGUUAAGUUGAACAAACUCAGGUAUAUGGUAUAACAAAUUAAAGGUCAGUUGGUAUUGUAAAUGAGAAACAUAGGAAAAUAAUUUGUUUAGGUCUCGUAAACUGUUGAAGCCUUUUGUUUAUCUUGGAAUUCGUCAUUUUUAAAUUCAUACUUAUUUAACUGAAUUCUUUUUUUUUCAUUUUUAUAUCAACAGUAUAAUGAUAAUGUGAUAAUUGUGAGACCCUUGAGGUAAAACUUUUGUUUUUUUGAAAAAGUGCAUUGCUUUAUAUUGGCCUUGAUGUUGUUAUGAGAUAUGUACAUACAUAGUUUGAACAUGGAAGGGACAAAACUAACACUCCACUGUUUUUCCCUCUGUAUCUUCAGCUGUAUCUUGUUUCCAUUGUCGGAGAAUUUUCUCUACUUUUUAUUUUUCAUCCUUGCAGUAAGGAAAUAGCGUUUGUUAGAAUGAGUAAUAAUGCAAAAAAACAAAACAAAAAACAGUAUGAUCGUGCUUUAUUUUGCACUUGAACAUCUGAACGAACUCAGUCGAGAGAAAGAUUUAGGUUGAUGCUCUUCUUUUUUUCUGAGACGACCCAGCUGUGGUCCAUGCUGCUGGUUUAUGUCAUGAGUAGAACACAUAAAAACUUUAUAAGUUGUGUUGACAGGGAUGCUUCACUGCUCCUAAUAAUGCACAUCUAUAUGUGGUAAUGUUUAGAUGAUGAUUUUUAUCUACUGUACAAAUCGAUUUCCUUCCUCUCUUCACCUGUACAAAGGCGAUCAGGAUUUCCUCUGACCAUCUUUUAUUGCUCCAUGACGAUCAGGAAAAUCUUGUCAUAGUUGUACUUUACAUUUUCUGAAGUGAGAUUUAUUGCAAUAUUUGAAUCAUUACUUCAUCAUUUGAGUUUAUUUGAUCUUUUCUUUUACAGUAAACGUGUAACAGGAGGGUAAAUAAAUCUCCCAAAUGCCACUUCUGAAUCGGACAGCAGAGGAAACGCUGAAUAUGACGUAACCUGUCUGUGUGACGAUCAGAUUUCAGUCGGAGAGUAGAGCAGUAAUACACAGAGCGGUAAAAUCGUGACAUUCCAGCUUAUACUGCUGAUUGAUUCCACAGCAUUUAGAUUUGAUCGGGACUUGUUGGCAAUAGUCCGUAUUGUACAUUAGAGCAGUUGUUUUAAUAUUUACAAUGAGUAUCUUUUGUACUGUAGCUUUAUUUUGUUCUUUGCGUCCAGGGUUUAGAGAUCGUUGACAGACACAAAGAAAAAAAAAAUAUAUAUACAUAAAUACAGUAUAUGUACACUAUGAUCCACAAUUGUUACAGUUUCCCUCUUCUUUAGGAUGUGCCCAGAUAACCUACAGAUACAUGUAAGUGUCAAGAAUGAUUUUGAUGUUUAAUGCAGAGUUUAAAAAAAACCUAUAGGAUGUACGUAUAAACACAGUCUCUGGAAAUUUACAUGCAAUGUGUUAUUUGUUGAAAAUGAAACAAACAGUAAAAUGGGAUUUUUUGUUGCCAUUUGUUCAGAUAAUGAAGGUUUUCUUUUAUGAAGGCUUACUGACACAUAAUCAUUGCUAGUAAAGCCACAAUGAAAAUAAAGUUUUUACUAAAUAA